CACGUUUUCGGCAUUUUAUUGGUUUGUGGUAAUUUUUCCAGCAGAAAGAGACUGUAACUAAACUGUACAACUUUAAUCGGACUUAAAGCCGGAAACAGUGUUGGCAGGACGAUGCAGACUUUCAUAGCGAUAAGAUCGUUUGUUUCACAGUACCCUAAAACCAUUGCCGUCGUCACAGUAACAGGAGUGGGACUAUUUGGGGUGAAGAAAUGGAUGGCAGGUGGAGUGUGCCACAGCAAAGCCUCCCUGGAGGGAAAGACCGUCUUGAUCACCGGAGGCAACACUGGGAUUGGCAAAGAAACAGCUGUUGACCUGGCUAAAAGGGGCGCGAGAGUCCUUCUGGCCUGUAGAGACAUGGAUAGAGCUGAUAAAGCAGCAGAAGAGGUGAGGAAGAGGAGCGGAAAUGAAAAUGUUAUUGUCAAAAAGUUGGACUUGGCAUCUUUUCAGUCAGUGCGACAUCUCGCCAAAGACGUCCUAGCAAGUGAAGAGAGGCUGGAUAUUCUCAUCAAUAAUGCUGGUAUUAUGAGAUGUCCAAAAUGGCAAACUGAAGAUGGCUUUGAAAUGCAGUUUGGAGUGAACCACCUGGGCCACUUCCUUUUAACAAACUGUCUGUUGGAUCUCCUGAAGAAGUCGCCUUCGAGCCGCAUCGUCACCGUCUCCAGUUUAGCGCAUGAAAGAGGUCAAAUCUCUUUUGAUGACAUAAAUCAGGAGAAAGAUUACUGCCCUGCGAAAAGCUAUGCACAAAGUAAGCUAGCUAAUGUUCUCUUUACAAGAGAGCUGACUAACAAGCUGCAAGGUACUGGAGUUUCUACAUACAGCCUCCACCCUGGUAUAAUCCGGACGGAGCUCGCCCGACACUUCUUGGCCACAAUGCCCCUUUGGAAGAGAGUUGUGUUUACACCACUCAAGUUCCUCAUCAAGUCUCCAACCGAAGGGGCUCAGACCACCAUCUACUGCGCUGUGGAGGAAAGCCUGCAGAAUGAAAGUGGACUCUACUACAGCGACUGCGCCCCUAAAACCGCAGCCCCUCAGGGUCUGGAUGAUGAAGCUGCCAAGAAGCUGUGGGAUCUGAGUGCCUCUAUGGUUGGUCUGAUACAAUCACAGUGACAUCGAUGAUGAUCGUCAUCAUCUUCAUCGUACCAACAGAAUGCCUGAGGAAGGAUGGGGUCUCUUCCUAAUGAGCAUCUUUGUGGCUGCUAACAUCUGAGCUCCUACUUAAUGUAACAAAUGAGUAAACAGACAGAAAGUCUCAAGUGAUAGACAUUUAUUCAGAAUAAACUGCAAACUACUUGCAAAAAUACUAUGGAUUUACUAUAUUUUCUUUCAUUUAGUUCAAACAGUAGCAAUGCUUCACAGGUAAGUGACAUGGAAGCGGUAUGAUCUUUAGUUUUGAUUGCCAGUAGCGUGAAAUGACAUUUUAAUUGACAAGUUUCACCAAUGCCGGUAUUGACUAAGGGCUCGAAUGUCAUUCUUUGUUACUUGAUUUCAUCAUAUAAGGAUUACAUGUGAUUUAAAGGUUUUGAUUACUAUUGCUAUCACUGUUGAUAGCAACAUUAUAAUUUGUUUUCUUCUCCUGGGCAAUAAAGUGCUGUUAUACAUGGCCCAUAAUUGUA